AUUAGUUUUGAAUAAAGUUUUGUAAAAGAAACACAAUGAAAAUGCACCAGUACGAUUUUCUUUGUCAAAUAACUGUAAUCGUAUUCAUUUUUAAAAUCAUUGAAAUCAAGGCCGUUGGCCAAUUUUAUACAACAAUUGAAAAUAAACAAUAUUAUGUGGACAUAGAUAAAAGGUAUUCCUUCGAUAAUAGUAUAUUAGAAUGUUUAAAAAUGAACAUGACAUUGAUAGCAAUUGAUUCCAUGCAAGAGGAGGAGGCAAUAAGAAAACUUUUAUUAAAUACAAAUAAUUUUGUAACUGUACCGAAGUUAUGGAUUGGUGGCAUAAUCGUACCAGGAACACGUACCGCCGUUUGGAUUUCAACUGGCAAACUAUUCGAUAAUUGGUAUCGUGGUACUCCAGAUUAUGAUUAUCCCUGUAUAUUAGUUGGUUGGGAUUAUAAAACUCAAUGGACAGAUUAUGCUUGUAUGAGUAGAUAUGGAUUUAUAUGCGAACAUCCUAACGAGAAAAUAUUACUGGAAGAACAGAAAAAGCUUAAAGAUGAAUUACAAAUAGAAAUCGAAAAGAACAGUAAUUUACAAAAUGAACUAUAUAAAGAGAAAGAAUUAUCUGAAAAUCUUAAGCAACAGUUAGAUAUUAAGGCAUUUGAAGAAGGACACAAUCAAGAGUUGGAAUUAUCGAACUUACCACCGGAAUUCGUUGAUCCUCUGGAAAAUGCUGUACCGGAAUCAUGUGAAGUGCCUAAUAAUCAGCCGCUAGUAUUCCCACAACAAUAUCUAUUUUCACACAUACAAAAUGCCUAUUUUAUGCCAAAUAGAUAUUAA